AAAUUUCAGUUGCGUUGAUCAUGAAAAUAAAUGUCUCUGUUGCUGCUUUUGACAGGAAUGAGUGGUGGUGGGGGCUUUGGGGGCAUGGACAGUAUGGGCAACAUGGGUGGCUUUGGAGGGAGAGACAUGGCGCCAGGUGGCCGGAUGGGAGAUAUGUACCGGUCAGGAAUGGGUGGGAUGGAUCGUGACUUUGGCCACACCGACAUGCCAAUGAAUCGAGGAUUUGGCGACUCUUUUGGAGGAAUGGGUGGAGGAUUUGGAGGCAGCAUGAGCAGUGGUGGCAUGGGGCACAUGGGGACUGGAAUAGGUAUUAAGAUAUUACAUCUACAGCGUUUCUAAAUAUGUUAAAUCAAUUUUAGUGGUGUGUAUCAAUACUUUGAUUUUAUUUUUUAUAUUUUUACAAAACGAGUCAAUUCCUCCCCUAUACUGUAGAUAACUAUUAGCUUUGGAGGCACUUGUAAGCUACAUUCAGUUAGCUCUCUAUUACUGUUGACAUCUGAAAGUUAUUAGCCAUUACCAUUUUAUAGUCUUUUGACAGUUUAUAUGGCCGAUCGUGUAAAAGGAGGAAUGAGUGUUUGUGUACCGUGAUGUAUAAAGUCAUAAAGUGUCAGGCCUUGCUGUAUAAGUGAUGGUAACAAGGAGGCCCAAUAGACUCCUUCAAUCAGGUGACCUCAGUCAAAGCAUUAGCUUGAAGUCCCUGAACAAUGAUGAAUGAUGCAGACUGAAGUAGGAUCAACAGUGAUCUAUGUUACAUACUUGUGUGG